AUGCAGGCAAUGAGCAGUGAUAACCCUAGUUUCUUCAUGGAGACUUCCCCUGCUGAAGGGGGAAAUCAAGCCGUCCACUCCCCCUCUGAAGGCAGUUCUGAAAUGGACACUUCGUCUUUCGAUUCCAAUAUGAGGCAUUUCGUUUAUUCCGAUUUGACAAUCAGCGCAUCAACCCCCGCCGCCUCUGCACCCUCUACCGUGCCCAUGCGAUUGAAACCAGGUAACAAGAAGUCUUUCGUAUGGAACUACUUCCGUCACCCAGAGAAUGAAUCUGGAAUGGUGGACAGAACACGGACCCAAUGCCUCCUCUGCAAGAGUCAAUUAGCUUUUAAUGCUUCUGGCACAACUACGACAAUGCUCAACCACUUGAAGAGUCGACAUGGCGAAAUAGCUCAGCGCGAAGAAUCGCAAAGGGUUCGGAGUAGCACCUCAAGUCGAAGGAAGGAGACAGCGCCAUCUCGUGCUGCUUCUAGUGCAUCCUAUUCACCUCCACGUGCCCAACAGCAAUCGGCACAGGCAACAUUGCCGCCAAUUCCGCCAUCACAAAUUCAAAACUCCAGAAUCGGUCACAGCAAUGGUUGCACUGACUUCACACAGAUAUCGGAGGAUCUCCGAAAACUUGCGCAUUUGAAAGACGAGGCAAAGCAGACGAAUCAAAAGGUGGGUCUGCUUCAGCCCUUUCUGGCGUUGAGUGGACUUGAUACCGGGGGCAGGCACGGUAGUUCUCAGGUGGUUGGACCGCCAGAAUCAAUUGCAACGGCUGCAGAGGCUGCCGCAGCUGCAGCUGCAGCGGCUGCAGCAUCAAGCGGUCUUCUUCCUCCUUCUGUAUUUCUCGGAGGCUUACCACAACUUCCCACUGCCACUUCUGCCCCGCUUAUUCCACCUCUAUUUCCCAUUCCGCCUCCUUUGGAAUCAACACCCUUGAUGCCACAAUUGGCAGGGUUCUUGCCUCCUAAUUUUCCUGCUUUCGUCCCUCCGAAUUCAACCUCUUCCUCUGUAUCCAUCGACACCGACGAUGCAAUGGAACGUCUUCACUCGGCAUCGCAGAUAGGUCAGGAUUCCGGCCCGCUGGCGGUGGCACGAGCAUGGCUUUCCACUCUAACUAGCCUGCCUAGCCAGUCCGCAAAUAACGGUAGCUCUAAUGGAAAUCGGGUCCCCACCACCUCACCUAUAAACACCAAUGCCACUGUUCCAAAUCCUACAUCUCCAGGAAACCUUGCAUCAAUGGAAGAACUGUUAAAGAGUCUCCCAGGUCUGACAGCACAGCAGGCGGGUGCCGGAAGUAAUUCAAAGCCUCUGCCAGUGCCGCCAUUGUCUCCUGAUUUGCUCUCUACUCUGGUACACAACACUCCAUUAAUGUGGAGCAUUCUUUCAAGAUCUCAGGCUCUUCUAGCUUCACAGGGCUGCAUUCCACCCCCACCCCCACCCCCACCACCACCACCACCACCAAUGCUUUCUACUUCGUCCACUGCAUUGAUAACCGGUGCUCCGACGACAGCGUCACCAUCUACCCCCUCAAUGCUGUCGUCCAGCGUCAAGUCUUCCUCCAGCAGUGUAGACUUGAUGACAGGUACUGCAAAGCGUAAGCGUACGCGGCCAGUAUACAUACCUCCACAAAUGCGAGCAGUGAAACGGUCUUCCAUGGAGGGCAGCUUAGGUGCUCCAGAUAGCCCAGAGGAUUUGAGUAUGCCUCGAACGACGCGACACCAACACCAAGAGUUGUCAACUGGAGCUUUGGAAACACGUCUUGCCUAUUUCCUUGUCCGUGAAAUGCUUCCGCCGGAAAUUCUUGAGAGGGAAGGUUUUCGAACCCUCAUGAAUGAGUUAAUUGGCUCGAAGAAGGCUCUAUCGGUCCCUCGAAUCACUGCGAGACAAAUGAGAAUGGAGAUAUUGCCACAGAUAGCAAAUGCGGUCCUUCCAACCCAGCAACAACAGACAAUGAGUCGAAGUAGUCUGGCAAUUGAAUUCUGGCGAAAUAUGGAUGGACGUCAAAACUUCGCCAACCUAAGCGUAGGCUGUGGAGGGCGUUUACUACAAACGGCAUUAUUGAAGUGCCCAGGAGAUGUGAAGAAAAUUAUUGUGGAUUGCGUUGGAUCAAGUGAAAAAACGGCAGUGUUGUUGCCCAGAGUCCUGGUGACAAACCGACCGGAGGAAUUUGAGGAAAUUGUGUCUGAAGACUUUGCCAUUGUGCCUUGCUUUGUUACAGCUCUCGCUGCGUCUGUUACGUCGAGCAAAGUCAUGGUGUUGGGCAAGAUGGCAGAUAGUGAAGUUGGAAAAAUGGGCAACAAGUGGGAACAGGGUGAAGAUAGGGAUGACAGUGGCUUCCGAGCACCGGGAGUUGUCGCCUUACUACGGGAUAUGAGAGAAGCUAUAGGGUUACCAUCAAAUUUCACCAGUGUCAUUACCACGGAGGCCAUUACAUGGCGUGAAGUUGCCGACUUAAUGGUUCGAGUCCACGCGGAACGACAAAAUGGGGAUGUAUGGCAACUCAAGUGUCUCCUUGAUAAUAUUAGCAAGAGCCUUGACUACGUAACGCAACAAGAAGCAUCAUCUGCUACUGUCUCUCUGAUCACUCUUAUGCUGAUUAACCUCCGAAAGACCCAUUUAAUGACAACUUCAGAGGAUUCUGAGGUGAUAGGGGCUUUCAAGACCGCGGUGAAUGAAAAGUUGGAUGUAUUCUAUCCACGCAAAUCGGCCUCAAUAUCCGACCUCUUACUGAUUGCUGGUUUGACCGACCCACGAGUGCGAACACGGGUUCACGAAUUUGAACCGCAAUCUGUUAAUCUUUUGAAGGAAAAAGUCGAGGAGUUGAGUCGGUUGAGGGAUAAGGAUGAGGUGUUUGUGCACACAGCACACUGUGAAGUGGAUCGAUAUUUGCGUGAAGAGGUGAAACAUGGUGUACAGACGGAUCCUUUUCAGUGGUGGAGCGAAAGGCAGUCAACAUACCCUUUACUGAGUCGAUUAGCUCGACACUACCUUGCAAUACCUUUGGCUUCUUUCAAUGCAAAACUUCGGUUAAAACCACUGAUCAGAAAUGCAGAAAAGAUAGUACCAAAUGCGCUGCCAGACGGACUGAAUCUGCCAAAUUAUUGUGAUGUCUUUGCUCAACUGAAAAUGAACCUCUUCACAGAAGAUAUGCUAAUUUACACCUUUCUCUGGCACAACUGGAGCCUCCCAUCUGUUCAGGUGAGUGAAAAAUUCCCUUCUACUAAUAAUGUUAUAGUAGCAUUAGUACUGACUGUCGUCUGCUUCCUUCUGACUUAG